GUGGGCAGGUUCCGGCCACCCGCUCGGUGUCGCUAGGUGCAGCCCGCUGUCUCGGGCUGGCCUGUGCUGCCGCUCCUUCCCUGCCUGGACCUGGAAGACCGUUUCUCUCCAAGCGCUAAGGACUCGGUCCCGGCCACAGCACGGGACUGCGCGUCUUGCUGUUCCGAGUUCCUCGCUUGGGCGCCAGGAUUCCACUCCCCUUCCCCUUCCCCAGUAAAUUAGUCUUUCUUCCCCGCAGGUGAGUCCAGUGACCUCAGAGCUCCAAGAAGUUUGGGGCUGAAUCUAUCCUGAUGUCUACUCAUAGGUCUCUGGAGCUUGAGAUUCCUGAAGAUCUGCAAUAAGGACUCCAAGUCGCCAGCCUCUGUGCUUUCUUCUCUCCAAAUCUGAAGCCCUCUUUCCUACCUCCUCAAACUCACUGCUGUUCAAGGUGCCAUGGUCUCCAAAUCCAGGAGCGAGUGGAGUACCAUCCUGUCCCACCUGGUGCUGGCAGCGGUGUCUCUGCACGCAGCGGUGAGCUCUGUACAGUGUACUAACGGUCACUUGAUGUGCGCUGGCUGUUUUAUCCACCUACUAGCAGAUGCCCGGCUGAAGGAGGAGCAGGCCACAUGUCCCAACUGUCGUUGUGAGAUCAGUAAGAGCCUCUGCUGCCGGAACCUGGCCGUGGAGAAAGCUGUGAGCGAACUGCCUUCAGAGUGUGGCUUCUGUCUGCGUCAGUUCCCUCGCUCCCUCCUAGAGAGGCAUCAGAAAGAGGAAUGCCAGGACAGGGUGACACAGUGCAAGUACAAGCGUAUUGGCUGCCCGUGGCAUGGCCCUUUCCAUGAGCUGACAGUGCAUGAAGCUGCAUGUGCUCACCCAACCAAGACAGGCAAUGAGUUGAUGGAGAUCCUAGAUGAGAUGGAUCAGAGCCACCGCAAGGAGAUGCAACUCUACAACAGCAUCUUCAGCCUGCUCAGCUUUGAGAAGAUUGGCUACACAGAAGUUCAGUUCCGGCCUUAUCGCACUGAUGACUUCAUCACACGCCUGUACUAUGAAACACCACGGUUCACAGUACUGAACCAGACAUGGGUCCUGAAGGCUCGUGUGAAUGACUCGGAGCGCAACCCCAACCUGUCGUGCAAGCGCACACUUUCCUUCCAGCUACUCCUCAAGAGCAAGGUCACAGCGCCCCUGGAGUGUUCUUUUCUUCUGCUCAAGGGCCCAUAUGAUGAUGUGAGGAUCAGUCCUGUCAUCUACCACUUUGUCUUCACCAACGAGAGCAACGAGACGGACUAUGUGCCGCUGCCCAUCAUCGACUCUGUGGAGUGCAACAAGCUGCUGGCUGCCAAGAACAUUAACCUGCGGCUCUUCCUGUUCCAAAUACAGAAGUAGGCUGGGCCCAGGACACCCGAGGAGCAGAGGGCUGCAGUCCAGUAGUGCUGUCCCACCCCUCCCUGGCUUGGCAGCAGCUUCACACAACUAUUUGAUCAUUUUAGCAAAGGAGGAGAACAAACAAAAUCAAACACUGAGAAAGUCUGCAUGCGUGUGCAAUGGGGUCCCCGCCUCUGGCUCACCUUCCUCCCCUUUGCCUCCCACCUCCUGCAGGCAGCCAGAGGCUGGGCUGACCACAGUGGAAACAGUACUCUGGGCUCCUCAGGCACAGGUGGUGAGGAGGGCAAGAAGCCAACCACCCUUACCCCAGCUCCCAUCCUCUCAUUGAGGUGGCACGGUGGUUCUCUGGCCAGGCUCAGUGGCCCUGGCUGACUUCAGACAGCAUAUUUGAUUGCAAUUAAAAAGGCAGCCUUGUUUCCUA